AUGGCCGAAACCGCGACCAAGCAGACGCCCUCGUCCUACGUUGGGACGAGUAAGGUCGUCCAGACGGAUUACCCGCUCAUCGACAACGAUCCUCACUUUAAGCGAGUUGUUGGAUAUGCCCGAACCUCCGAUUACGUUGCUGGUGGUGCGGCGGCCGCUUUCGCCCCCGGUGCACUCUACGCUCUCGAAAAGUUUGCUCCUUCAUACGUCGGAAAGGGCGGUUUCGCCAAGGCUAUGCGGUUAGCCGGUGUUGUUGGUGUUGCCGGCGGUUUCCUCUACUUUUACCAGCGAUCAUGUCUUCGAUUCUACGGCGCCACCGAAAACGCUCGCGAGAUCGAGAUGGAUAUGCGGGAAAUGGUGUCCAAGGUCAAGGCCGGCGAGUCCCUGUAUGGCGAAAGCAGACUGAGCCCGUACCUGCAGGGUGUUGCGGCCCGACAGAGCAGAUACUCUGCGCUCUUUUUCAGCACAGUACCGUGGUUCAACUUUGUCAACCAUAACCAGCACGGUGUCGAUACUGCCAAGUACUAUCAGCAAGCGGAACGGGAGUUGGAAGCCGAGCGGGGUGCGAAGAGCUCGUAG